AUGGCCACUGGAUGCUUGAUUCUGGGUCUCGGACUCAUCGGCCUGCACUGGCAAGGUUUCAUUCCAUCAUUGCCGUGGCGGGAUGGGAACGGGAAGGGUGGAAUGCAGAGAUUAAUGGUGCCCAAGUUUAAGUUCAUUACCAGACGGAUGAACGACCUCAGCGAGAUUGCGAUGGUGGUGGUGAACUCAUUGAGUGUCGUGGAACCUCCCGCUAAGCGUUGA